ACACCUCAUACAAAAACCUUCUAUUACAACUACACAUUCAUUCAUAUCAACAUUUUUGAAACUAUCCAUUUUCUAAUACAAUGGAGAGAGUGACAAAGAUGGUUUCAGAAAGGCCAGUGGUGAUAUUCAGCAAGAGUUCAUGUUGCAUGAGUCAUACAAUAAAGACACUUUUUUGUGACUUUGGUGUGAAUCCAGCAGUUUAUGAACUUGAUGAGAUACCAAGAGGUAGAGACAUUGAACAAGCACUAUUAAGACUUGGUUCUUCUCCAUCUGUUCCAACUGUUUUCAUUGCUGGUGAACUUGUUGGUGGAGCCAAUCAAGUUAUGAGUCUUCAUCUUAAUCGUUCUUUGAUUCCAAUGCUUAAAAAAGCUGGUGCUCUUUGGGUUUAAUAAUCUCAUAUAAUCACUUACUCAAUAAAUUAACCUUUUUCGGUUAUAUAUUAUAUGAGAUUAAAUAUAUAUACAGAGAGAGAGGCAGAGUAUAAAUAUGAUGAGUUAAUUAAUAUUAGAGUUUAAGGCACUAUAGGUAAUAAUAAGUCUAACUUAAUUGUUAGAUUUGGGGUGCCUUUUAAGGAUUAAGGAUCCUCUAUGAUCUUAGUCCUCCGUUUAGCCUUCUUUUUUUGAGGUUAAAUGUAAUGUUUUUGAUGUAAUGUUAUCUUUUUGAUAAGUAUGAUAUUAAUAAGUUAUAUGGA